UGCAAACAGAGAUGGAAGAGUCUCCGAGACUCUUACAAGCGAUGUAAACGCAUGGAGCAAGUCGCUUCCGGGAGUGGCCAACAAACUCCUCGGAGAAAAUGGCGUUAUCUGGAAGCAAUGUCAUUUAUGGAAAAAAUUCCAAAUUCAAGGCGUACUAUUAGCAGCAUAAGCGAAGAUUUCGAAAGUGUCCAAGACAAUAUAAUUAUAGAUCAUUUAGAGGCAUCAACAUCAUCGGCGACAAUAGAAACGUCUCAGCCGGCAUCUUCGGAUGGACGUGGACAAAAGAAAAAGAACGGGGAUGCGUUCGCAAAAUUCCUUGAAACGGCAGGCGCGAGCAUAUGCACAAUGAUUAACGAAUCACGAUCGCGUAAAACCAAUUCAACCGCACAACAUUUUGCAUCCUUGGCUACAAAAAUUUCGGAAGCCGGUCUUCCGCCAGAAAUGGUGACAAAUAUCGAGGCAAAAGUGUCAGCACUAGUGUUUGAGGAAAUCAGCAAUUUCUAUUUGGGGUAUUUGGGGUAGAUUAAUUGAAAAUGUGAUAUAUAGACUGAUGAUAGACUGAAAAUAUUUUUAGUUCAAUUUAUGUAGAAAAUUUUUUUUUUUAAGUAGUAAGCAAAAUUGAAUUUCAUGUUUUUUUUGUAUAUAUGUAUAUAAUGGUGAUAUUAGAAGUAACUUUUUUUAUUUAAAAAUGUGAUAUAUAAGAAAUGUUGAA